GGCGUGGCAGGGGGUGAAGGGAGGGAGUGUUUUAAGUGUCCAUCCCAGAACGGAUUUACCAGUAGUGGACAGAGUGACAGAGAGAUAAAACACAGAGUUGUGUUUCAGUGACAGAGCUGUAUCUACAGCUGACAAGAAGAACAGAGAGCUCUCUACACCUCAUCAGCACAUCUAGAAACAAUGGAAGUAGUUCUUACCAGACUAAGAGAUUUCUCCUGUAAGGAAACUUCUUUUGAUCACAGUAAAGCAGCAGUGAUGUGCAGGGACCAUUCGUCAUCCCAGGAGGUGUGCAGAGGGACGCGUAUGGCUGGAGAGGGGGAUGCAGGCCGGCUGGACAUUGAGACUGCACUGGCCUGGCUGAGGAAGGAGCUGAUGGAGAUGCGUUCUCAAGACCAAGCUUUGAUUCGCCAGCUGAUGGAUCUCCAUGAUGGGAUUCAGGAACUGAAGCAGGAGUGUGCAAAAGCCAUAGAAGAUGAGGAGGAGGAGCAGGAGGAGGAACCGUGUUGGGACUCUGAGAGUGAGGGUGGGGGAAGCAGUAUGUCCUCCUUCUCAGGAGAAAUGAGCUUUUACCCUUCUAUCUACUCCUUUAGCACAUGUAUGAGCCCCGCUCCUCUUGCAACCUACCUGCCCAAACGGGCCUUUAGUAGACGCAGCUCUGUGCCCUGAAACCUUCAGAUCACAUGUGCUUGAUUAAUACAACAUGUUCCAAUAUGCAUGUUACAUUAGUGUUGAGUCUCACAGAAGAACAAAUGAUGAAUUCCUUAUGUGAGAAAUUUUGUAAUGACGUACAGGACACAACCUGAAUAACACAACUGCCUUACAUUCAGAACAUACUUUAAAGUGGAAAAGUUAAACGGUUUACACUGUGAGAAACUCGACAAAGUCUUUGGUGAUAGACUACUACUCUACCUGAAUGCACUAAUAGAGAUUUCACAACUGAAGUGCCUGACACUGACAGCAAAAGAAAGUUACCAGAAUAGUGUUUUGAAAGAUGAACAAUGAACAACUCGUUCAAUUGUUUUUAGAGUCAUUGCACAGAAAUUAAGAUUUUUUUUUUCAAGAUGUGAACAUAUUCACUGAUAAUCUAAUCUUUCUGAGACAAAUAUCAACUAAUGAUAUGCUAUGCCAUGCUUUGACAUCAUACUAGUACCACAAGUAUGAUAAUAAACACGUACAAACCUGA